AUGAGUAUAGCCGAAAUACUACCUUUAGAGGUCAUCGACAAAACCAUUAACCAAAAAGUAUGGAUUAUUUUACAAUCAAAUCGUGAAUUUACCGGUACACUUGUUGGGUUUGAUGACUUUGUUAAUGUUAUCAUAGAAGACGCAACUGAAUGGACUAUUAAUGAAAAUAACGAGAACGAAUUAGUUAUGGAGCAUCACGGUAGAUUACUGCUAAGUGGGAACAAUAUAAACAUGCUUGUCCCAGGUGGGAAGAAGGACUGUUAG